CUAGGAACUAGCGGUAACCUUUAAAGCAUGGUGUAAAAUUCCGGAAACGCACAGAAAAUGAACCGGAAACUGAUGUUCGCCACGAGUGUGAAACACGGACUAUUUGGAAGAGCUGGAAGACACAGACAAUAAAUUGGUCAUACUGAGGGACUAAAGGUAACUGUUGGAUAUCGAGGAAAACAUACCAUACCAGUUAAAAGUGCACAAUGCCCAUUGUGGAGAAACUGAAGGAUGCACUAAAGACAGUUGAAAAUGACUCUGAAGAUACAGAGCUGGGGAAGUUGCUGGCCUCUUCUGCAAAAAAAAUCCUUCUGCAGAGGAUUGUGUUUCAUCCAGCCAGCAGUAAUUUGUGCUACCAGCUGAAGGCACUGAAGAGCAAAUAUGUAUUUUUGAACCCACAUUCACAGACGGCAAUUUGUAAUGGAAAAACGGAUGGGAUACUGACCCAGCAUCAGAAUGUUGACCUCUCUACUGGAAGGUCAGAUGGGGUUCCUGUUCCUCAAAAAAUUCUGUUCCCAGCUGACAAGUUGUCCAUGAAAUGGGACCGAAUCUCCAGGGUCGGGGCAGGACUUCAAAAUCUAGGAAAUACGUGCUUCCUCAAUGCAACAGUUCAGUGUCUUACCUACACUCCUCCUCUUGCUAACUACUUGUUGUCUAAGGAGCACAGCCGCAACUGUCAGCAAAGUGGAUUCUGUAUGCUCUGCAUCAUGCAAAACCACCUCAUUCAAGUGUUUGCAAACAGUGGAAAUAAUGUAAAGCCAGUUUCUUUCAUUCGUGACUUGAAAAAAAUUGCACGUCAUUUUCGAUUUGGGAGCCAGGAGGAUGCUCAUGAGUUUCUGCGCUACACUAUUGAUGCCAUGCAGAAGGCCUGUCUUAAUGGAUAUGCAAGACUGGAUCGGCAUAGCCAGGCAACUUCCUUGGUGCAUCAGAUAUUUGGGGGCUAUUUGCGGUCCCGUGUGACAUGCUCUGUUUGUAAGAAUGUAUCUGACACUUACGAUCCCUAUCUGGACAUUGCUUUGGAGAUACGGAAUGUACCAAAUAUUGUCUGUGCUCUAGAAAUGUUUGUUAAAUCAGAUGUACUGAGUGGAGAGAAUGCCUAUAUGUGUGCAAGGUGCAAGAAGAAGGUUCCAGCUUGUAAGAGGUUCAGUGUGCACAGGGAAUCCAAUGUUCUUACUUUGUCUCUUAAACGGUUCGCUAACUCUAGUGGAGGUAAAAUCACCAAGGAAGUUGGGUACCCUGAAUUUUUGAACCUUCGCCCAUACAUGUCACAGAGAAAUGGUGUUCCUGUCAUGUAUGCACUUUAUGCCGUGCUGGUUCACUCUGGAUACAGCUGCCAUGCAGGACACUAUUACUGCUAUGUCAAGGCCAGUAAUGGACAGUGGUACCAGAUGAACGAUUCCCUAGUUCAUGCCAGCAAUAUCAAGGUUGUUUUGAACCAGCAAGCUUAUGUUCUCUUCUAUUUACGGGUUUCCGAGAACAGGCAAAAUUAUGAUAAUUCAACGGGUAAAGUGCAAGUUAGACACAGUAUUCAUACCACCCCCUCUUCACCUAACAUAACAAAGAACCACUCACCCCUGUAUGAGGAAAAGGGACACAAAGGAAAAAAACUUUCACCCCAGGAAGAAACUGGAAUUCCUGUUUUACGCAAAUUGUCACCUUUUAUUAACAAAAGUCACAGCAGUGCAAACCCUUUACGACCCUCGAGUGUUGACGUCUGCACCAAACUAGCUUCAAGUCCCCCUAGUGUUCCAUUUAAUCGGGAUACUUCUAUGAGCAAUGGCAAGAAGCCUUUCCAAACUCAACAGGAGAUUAUUCUUAAUAAGAAUAGCAAGCAUGAAAGUUUAAAGCUGAAUAUGAAAACUGGCAAUCCUGUGACUGGGCAUGGGGUGAUGUCUUCAACCAGUCCACCAGAGAACUUGAGUGAAACCAAACUUUUGAAAUCAUCUCCUACACUAGAGAAUGAAUGUGAGGCUUUAACCAUAUCUCCUGUCCCUGCCAGUAAGCCAGUCCUAUGUGCCACAAAGGGCAGUGCAUUACAGAACGGAAGCAAAAAUCACAUACCCUUACCCAUAUCCUCAUCUCUCACCACUGGUUCUGCUCAUCUGGGGUCUCUUGACCUUGACUCCACUUCAUCCCAACAGCUCCAUAAUCACCGAGAAUGUACAGUAGUGUUCGCUGGAAGUUCAAGUGCAAGCCAUUCCUGUAAAAGAACAGAUAAACCAACCAGUCCAGGAGCAGCCCCCCACAUCACCCCAGAAAAUCAUGUUUCUAAUACUGUCUUCAAAUAUGAGACCUCAUCUUCCCUGUCUGCUGACAGAAGUUCCGGGACAGACUGUGCUUCUAUAAAAGAGUGCAAGAAAAGGAAAAAGAACUCUAAAUUGAAAGACAGUGGAACGACUGUUACUGAAUGCAGCCCAGCAAAGAUGAGGAAAAAAACAAAUGUUCAUUUAGGAUACAAUGAGCGAGCCAUGGUGCCGCAGACUGAAGAGGAGCAAGUGCAUCAAUCAGGUCAAACUGUGAUAGAAAAUGAUAAUCCAACAGCUACACAUUAUACCUCUCAAUUAGAUUUGCAGAUACCAAAUCCUACUGAAAAUUUCCAGAAGAAGCGACAUAAGAAAAAAACAAAAAUGGUGAAAAUGCAACAGGUGGAGGGCACAGAUCUGGCACAGCCUGAUGGCUUUCUUUCAGAUUGUGACAAGGACUCUAAAGCGCAUCAUAUUAAUAGAGAAAGCAAGAAGAAGAAAAAACAGCCAAGUCAGGUACUGCAUCAGGAGAAAAAGCAGUGCACCCCAAACGGGAACACGACACGACAAGAAGCGCCAGUAUUUGUAUGGGACAGUCAAAUCCGAGGUGUUCAUAGCAAACAGGAAAUUCCUGUUAUGACAAACAGUAAAGGGAAUGAGUGUCGGCAUGUCACAGAGGAACUACUUAAGAAUUCCAGCAAUAAAGCAUACAGCACAAAAGUGCUCACCUGGAAUGAAGAAGUAUCUGAUGUCAGCCAUGAUGCAUUAUCCUGUGUUAAUGAAAUAAAAGACAAUACUGUGAUAGAUGAAUGGGAUGAAGAUUUUGACAGUGGAAAGGUAAAGAAGAUGAAAUUCAAGCGGGACAGAUGGAGGACCAGGAAUGUUUUCCAAACCUUGCAAAAUCGGCGUAACUUCUGGUCUGUCAUGCACCCUAGGCAAUUCUCAGGGCCAGUCUAUAGGUUUUGAUUAGCACCAAUGUGCUGAUACAGUGAUCUAGCUGGGCAUAGUGUAAAAACAAAAAAACCCUGCGGUUUUGAUUUUUUAUGUCAUUUCUACAAACCACUCCUUAUGUAAACCGUACUAACACAUCAAUAAUAUUUACUUGAAACCAUAUCCUACAGGAAGUACUAAUAACAAUGACUUUAAUUUAUUCUAUGUUACAAGCACACCGGAAACACAAAUCUUAUG